AUGUAUGCCGAGUUUGCUGUGCCCUGGAAGCGCGGUGUGAUCCUGCACGGUGUUCCUGGCAAUGGCAAGACGGUGAGUGUCAAGGCACUCAUGGCUUCGCUGUACGGCCGCUCUCAUCCCAUUCCCUCGCUAUACGUUCAGUCUUUCAAGACAAUUUGUCAGACGCAGCAGUAUGCUAUCAGACAGAUCUUCCAGAAAGCGAGGAGUGUGGCGCCUGGUUUGCUGAUCUUUGAGGACUCGGAUUCGUUCGUCGGCGACGACAUUCACUCCUACUUCUUGAACGAGGUUGAUGGACUCAAAGGGAUCAACAUGAGUGAGAGAGGUGUGGCGGCUGGGUAG